AUGCCUCCUUCAGUUCUUAAAGAAAGAGGGAAAAACUCUGUUCUUUCUGAGAUUACCUCUGUCAAAACUGUGGCUUCCCCAGCAGAGAGAGCUAGUGGAGCUAAUCUGCAGCUCAAAAAUAUCAAUCAGUCAAGAGGCUCCACAGAGAACACAAAACAGCAGAAGGACUCAUGA